AGCGACCUCCCGGGGCCCGAGCAGCGACCGCCAUGGACGUGGAGCAUGGCGUGCGGGUGCUGGCGGAACGCCCGGCGGAGGAUUUUGAGCCGACUGAAGAGGAGGUGAAGAACUAUGCAGAGUGGUUGGGAUUGGAUCCCAAGGAGGACACGGAUUUGAUGUACUUGGUGCGAGAAGGGUUGAAAGCUCCCCUGGCGGAGGGCUGGAAGCCUUGUACAAAUUCGGACAAUGAAAUCUUUUACUUCAACUUCCACACAGGGCAGAGCGUGUGGACACAUCCUGCCGAUGAGGAAUACCGCAAUAAGGUUCAGGAAAUGAAGAAUGCGAGAAGUGGCAAGGGAAAUGUGCAAAAUGUGGUCCAUGCUCCCUACAAUGGCAUCGGCCAUCGCCCCGUGCUGGGUCAAACCUUUGGACUUUGCGAUUUUCUGCGAAGGAUACUUUGCUGUCGCCGUCGACGAGCUCACAGUCAUUGAGCGGCGCGGGUCAUUGGGUCCUUAUAAACGCUCUGCGUGGUUAGUAUCUCCCAUUGACUUACAGCCAAGUAGAC